GCGGGCGCGCGCGCUCAGAGGGAACCGGGCAGCUUCUGUCGCUGCUGUCGCCGCGCCCGCCCGCCCGCCCCAUCGUCCCGGCUGCACGGGACUCCGGCACCCCACUCCCCCCACGACUUGGCGCGGAGGCCUGGCGCCGGGCCCAUGCGACCCCUCCGCCCGCUCAGCCCUAGCGCCGGACCCCAGACCCGCACCUGAGCGCGCGCCCGGAGCGCGGGCGGGCGGGCGGCGGCCGGGGCUGGGGCGGCAUGGGGAAAUUUCAGUCCAAGCACGCCGCCGCAGCCUGCAAGCGGAGAGAGAGCCCCGAAGGGGACAGCUUCGUGGUGUCUGCGCACUCGAGUGGCCGCAAAGGCACCGUGGAGGCGGAGCGGCGCGGCGGCGGGGAGCACCGCGCGCGGGACAAGCAGGAGCUUCACAGUGGGGACCCCAAGGAGGGACCUUUCCGGGAGGACCAGUGUCCUCUAGAGGUGGCACUGCCCCCGGAGAAGGCCGAGGGUCGAGAGGGUCAGCUCUUCAGUGCAGAUGAUGCUGAGAGAGGUCUGCGAGGCCUGGGCAAGAAGCGCCUGAACAUCGACGCGCUCCAGUGCGACGUCUCGGUGGAGGAGGACAACCGCCAGGAGUGGACCUUCACGCUCUAUGGCUUCGACAACAGCGGGAAGGCCACCAGGGAGGACAUGUCCAGCCUGAUGCACACCAUCUACGAGGUCGUCGACGCCUCCGUCAACCACUCCUCCGGCAGCAGUAAGACCCUCCGUGUGAAGCUGACCGUCAGCCCCGAGCCCUCCGGCAAAAGGAGGGAGGGUCUCCCCGCCAGCCAGGACCGGGAACCCAGUCGCUGCAGGACGGAGGGCGAGGUCUUGGAGGACCCCAGGGUGGCUGACAGGAGGCUGUCUGCUCACAUCAGGAGGCCCAAUGCUGACCCCCACCCCUGCCCUGUGAGGGGGCUGUACUGCGUGGACGAGAACACCGAGCGGAGAAACCACUACCUGGACCUGGCCGGGAUCGAGAACUACACGUCUAAGUUCGGGCCUGGGUCCCCGCCAGCACAGGCCAAGCAGGAGCACCAGGGCAAGGCCGCACACCCCCCGAGCAGGUCCCGCUCCCAGGAGUCUGAUGCACACACAGGUCACAACCGCCGGUCCCAGGUGCUGGCUGACCACGUCCUGCUGGCCGGCGACCCCGCUGCCCGGGCCCUGGACCUGCAGCCCCGGCUGAAGGGGCAGGAGAAGCAGUUCCUCAAGUCCCCCAAGGGCUCGGGCAGGCCGCCUGGGGUGCCCGGUGGGGGCGUGCCCCUUGGGGGCAUGCCAGGCGGGGGCAAGCCCGGGAGGGCUUUCAGCUACCACCCACCAGCUGCCUUGCCCCAGGCCCCCCAGGACGGUCACCACCUCCCGCAGCCCCCGCCGCAGCCCCCGCCGCCGCAGCCCUACAGCCACAAGCGGUACCGGCAGAAGGGCAGGGAGGGCCACUCGCCCCUCAAGGCCGCGGCGCUGGGCCAGCCCAUGGUGAUGGAGCACGAGGUGGUGCGGGACCUGCCGCCCGUGCUGCUGGGGGAGGGCUACCCGGUGCCCGUGGUUCAGCGCCACGAGCACCACCACCACCACGAACACCACCACCACCACCAUUACCACCACCACCACCCGUCCUAGCGUGCACGCCCGCCCCGGCGCCCCCGGCCAGGAGCCCGGCUGCAGGCCUCCCGUGGGCAGCGGAGGUGGCACCUGUGGACACGCGUGGAGCAGGCCCUGGGCGCUCCCUCCGCGCGCCUUCCCUCCGCGCUCCUGACGGGUGUCGUGUUGGGAUGGGUACGUUCGAUGCCACUGAUGCUCCCGUUAUGAAGUGAUUCUGUGUAACCCAUAAAACCACAUGUACGCGUAGAAAAGCACAUUGUAUCUUUCAUUUACGAUCCCAGAAGGAGCCCUCGUGGCGCAGGAGGGACUCUGCUCAGCUGGCUCGGUGUUGGUCUCCUGGUGCCUCAUGCGCUGGGGGCCUUGGACCGAGGCCUGCAGGGUGGUGGGGCUGUGCUGCCCCGUAGCCGGGAGUGAACGUGGUUGGUGUAAUUAUUCGUUCUGAAGGCCAAGGGAGGCGGUUUGGGGGAGCCGCUGUUCCUCCGUGCGCUGGGUCCCCGCACGGAGUGCAGAUCACACAGAAGACUGGCGGCCACAAGGCGGGUGGAAGCGCUCCUCACGAUGGUCAGGAAAUUCUGGAGGGGAGGCUCUGAGAGCAGAGAGGGGGUCCAGAUGGGGCUGGCACCAGCAUCUCUCAGCAGACAGCAGGGUGGGGGCAGGUGGUGGGUCCCACCUGAAACACCUUCGCAGGUUGGAGGCGGGACGCUUGUUGUCCGGGCUCAGGUAAACUUGUAGAGCUCAUCAAGCCUCCACGAUGCCCACCUGGGAGGAAACGGGGUGCUCCCGCUGGGAGGGUGAGGGAUAGGGGCGGUGAUGGUGUCCGAGGGCCGUGGAACCUUGGCUGGCAGCGUCCCCCUGUGGCAGGACCCUGCUGCCCCGUCUUCCGUCUGAGACGAGCAAGUGACUUUGAGAGUCUGUGCAGGUGAACUUGUAUUCUUCGUGGAACAGUGUCUAAGAAUCAAGCUAAUUGGUGAUUGACUUGUAAUUGUGUUCCCUCCCCCCUCAGGCAUAAUAAAAAUAUGUGCAUUUUGUAAUACGUCA